GUCGCAAUUUCUAUUGUACUUUCAUAGAGAACGCGCGCGUGCAUUGUGUGUAAUAAUUAUUAUAAUCACUGAUCAACGAUGUCAACCAAGGAGUGGGAAAAGUUAAUAGACAAGGAAACGUUAAUUACUUUGGUGGAAGUUAGGCCAGCCCUUUGGGACAAGACGCUGGAUAAAUACAAAGACAAUACUGCAAGUAUUGCAGGUUGGCGCGAAAUAUGCGUUAUUCUAAUGGAGGAUUUUGAGGCUAUGGAACAAAGACAAAGACAAGAGUUCGUUGCUGCUGGUGAAACGCACGAAAGCGUCUCUGCUAAACAAACUGAUGAACAAACCGAAGAUGUCACCACGACAUCUAAUGAACCUACAAACGAAUAUGACAGUGUGACUACAAUGACACAACUUGGCAAUGACAGUCAAAAGGACAAACAAAACGCAGAGCACCAGCCAAAAGAAAUUUUAAUGAAAUCGAUGCUAAAAUGA